AUGCGGAGAGCCCGUGGCAUGAGAAUCUCUGCGCAAGCCCGUGAACAUGCCGUGCAUGAUGCGAUGCGCGCCGUGCAAGUGAUGCUCGGCGCAUCACCUCAUCAUGAUUGCGCCAAGCGGAUGCACGGCGUGCGUGAUGCGGUGCGCGCCGUGCAAGUGAUGCUCGGCGCAUCACCUCAUCAUGAUUGCGCCGAGCGGAUGCACGGCGUGCGUGAUGCGGUGCGCGCCGUGCAAGUGAUGCUCGGCGCAUCACCUCAUCAUGAUUGCGCCGAGCGGAUGCACGGCGUGCGUGAUGCGGUGCGCGCCGUGCAAGUGAUGCUCGGCGCAUCACCUCAUCAUGAUUGCGCCGAGCGGAUGCACGGCGUGCGUGAUGCGGUGCGCGCCGUGCAAGUGAUGCUCGGCGCAUCACCUCAUCAUGAUUGCGCCGAGCGGAUGCACGGCGUGCGUAAUGCGGUGCGCGCCGUGCAAGUGAUGCUCGGCGCAUCACCUCAUCAUGUUCAAGUCGAGCAGAUGCACGGCGUGCGUGAUGCGGUGCGCGCCGUGCAAGUGAUGCUCGGCGCAAGACCAUUCCUUGCUUCGCGCAUCCCCGUGAACACGCCGACAAUGGUGUACAGCUGCCCCGAUUGUCCCGCCACGGGCUUCACAACAAGAGGCAACGUGACGAACCAUCGGCAUGGCGGACGAUGCCCCGGGAAUCUGCGUAAUGCGGCUGCGGCAAAUAGUGGCAACCCAUUCCUCAAGAACCGGCACAAUGCCACCUUCAUGCCAUCCCCCACCCUCUCCAUUCCCUCUCCCACUCUCUCCAUGCCCACUCCUCCUAGCGCCGAAGUAGAUCCGGAGCCUCUACGAGGCAAUGAGGGAUCCACGCAUGACAACAUGGUGCCCGACUCAUUCCAUCCAGCCCCCACUCCCUCAAAUAGUGUCGAAUCAACGCCGGAUGGGUUGCCCAAUGACGCCACCUCUGCCCCUAUGAAUGGAUCGCGGAUUCUCUCGCGAUCCUUCUGGAAGCUGGCGGUCUUGCCGAGGCGAACGAGUCAAGCUUACGUGGAACCAGUGGCGCCAGAAGCUGCGCGCGACGCCGCUUUCAACAGGCAACUCACAGGCGACCUGCAGAACCUGCGACGUGCCCUGGAUGCGGCACCUGGAUGCAACGGGAGCAACGUCCACGUCAUCCAGGUACACAACGAGCUCGCUAUGCCCGCGGCACUGGGUGCAGAUUUCGGACGGUUGCCUCAUCGGGUUCGCGCAGUGGCGAGCUUUUAUGGGCGACCUUGGUACUCGGACAUUGCGGUGCGGGGACGUUUGGUGGACGACAACCAUGAAGAGUGUGGCAUCAAAUUUCUCAAGCGCAUCUUUGCGGUCGCAAACAUGACAGACGACUGCGACGAAGGGGUCAUCGUCCAGCGGGACCUCCUAGAUGAGGCUGGGGAGGAUGGUGACAGCAAGGAUGACCUGAACCUGGACGAGAUGUUGGGGUACAUGCAGCAGCUCAAGCAGAGCGGGGUUAAGCUCGGCAAGAAGAAGAAGAAGAAAAAGGGUCGCCUAAGCACUUUACUAGCAAACUCUAGCAGCGACGGUGCGGGACCAUCGUCAACACCUACUGACACGGCAGCGGAAACUACACCGGCCACUACGGCGGCCUUCACGGUUGCCGCCGUAACCGAGUUGGCCGCUCCAUCUGACAGUCCUAUGCCUCUCGCCGCAAGUACCGAAACCACUACCGAUGCAUCUGCUGCUGUUUCGAUUCCUGUUGGCGCGACCACCGAAAUCACACCCGCGGUGACAGUGGUCAACGCAGCAUCGGUCUCCACUCCAUCUCCCAACACUGCUCUCGCCUCUGCUGGUGCUGCAAAUCAAACCUCCACUGUUGCUGACGCUUCAGGCGUCACUGCCGCAGCCGCUGAUAACCCAACUGCCGGCACUGCCGCUGGCAGAGUUUUGUUCCGGCAGAUCACGCAGCAGCUGUUGAGGCCUUCCGGCUGCAAGUUCUACCCUGAGUGGGCGGAGUUCCGGGAGGUCGUGUGUAUGAAGUACGAGAACGCGGGCGUGCAGUCUGACGUAUUUUACUACGUCAUUAGCAACGACCCCAACAAAGAGGCGCUGGCCAUGCGGAAGGUCUUAGAGAAGCGCUCCAAUGUCAAUUCCGACGCCAAGACCUUCGGGAGGGGCCUUGGUGGGGGCCGCCUUACCCCGGCACUGGACACUGCUGAGGCAGUGAACCGCCGGAAUGUUGCUCUGAAGAUAGACCAGGUUGCGGCCUGGAUCAAGGCCACCUAUGACGCAGGGGAUGUGGCGAUAUGGGACUCCAGGCCUCCUGCUAGCUUCAACAUGAGCCCUGUCAUCAAGAUCCUGGUAGAGGGCUUUGAGUCCGUGAUUUUCCCUAAUGGAACCCCCCCUUAA